AUGGGUAACGAUGGUGGCUCCAUCCCCAAGCGGCGCGAGCUCGUCAAGAAUGCCUCGCGCGCUCCGACAGUCUCCGAACUCAAGGCAACGGCUCUCGAGUCCCUCAGCCAUGCCUGGGCGCACUGCGCACUCAGCGGCGAGCCUCUCGACUUGAACGCCGCCGUGUCGGAUGGACGUGGCCGGCUCUACAACUACGAAGCAAUACUCAACAGUCUCAUGCCUACCGACGCGCCGGCAGAGACGACCCCGGCGUCAAUGGGAAUCACAUCACUGCGCGACGUGGUCAGGCUCAAGUUUUCAAGAAGCGGCGAUGCGUGGGCAUGCCCAAUCUCCAUGAAGAAAUUGGGCCCGGCUACCAAAGUGGUUUACCUGGUCCCCUGUGGCCACGUCUUUGCCGAGGUGGCCCUUACUGAAAUCCAGGAGAAGAGUUGUCCGGAAUGCGAGACGGCGUUCGAUGCUGAAAACGUCAUCGUCGUGCUUCCGACGACGGAAAAAGACAUGCAGCGGAUGGCGAAUAGGUUGGAUGGGCUGCGAGCCAAGGGCCUCACCCACGCUCUAAAAAAGGACAAGUCGGAGAAGAAGAAGAAGAAGCGGAAAAACGACGAUUCAAACGCGGCCGGAAGCGAGGCGAAUGCCGACGAAAUAGCACUUGGAGACGGCAACAAGCGAUCGCGGCAGGGCGGUGACUCGAGAGUCAGUGGCAUCAACAAUCCCUUGGCCGCGUCCUUGACGGCAAAAGUCCUGGCCGAGCAGGACGAGAGGAACAAACGGCGACGGCUAGCUGCGGGAGCCGGCCCCAGGGCUCACGAGACGGCCAAGGGUUGA